AUUUGUAGCGACAAUUGAUAAGUUCAAUGAAUGGAGAACAUUAUCGGAGACCCAAUUGGGAAGCUUUGGAAUCGUCGCCAACUUUGACUGUGAAAAGAUGAAUCUCAUUAUAAAAGUUGCAUCUUGCACCUUGUCCAUUGCAAACAGAGUAACCAUGGGAGAUGUGAAACUACUAGGAUUUUGGUCUAGCCCUUUUGUUCAUAGAGUGAUAUGGGCUUUGAAGAUCAAAGGCAUUAGCUAUGAGUACAUAGAGCAAGAGAGGUAUAACAAAAGUCAGCUACUUCUGCAAUCCAAUCCAGUUUACAAGAAAGUUCCUGUGCUUAUUCAUGGAGGCAAACCCAUUGCAGAGUCUCUUGUCAUUCUUGAAUACAUUGAAGAAACAUGGCCAGAUAACCCAUUGCUUCCAAAAGACAACCAUGAGAAAGCCUUAGCUCGAUUUUGGAUUAAAUUUGGAGAGGAUUCGAUUGCUUCUAUUACUGAUCUGUUUCUCCGACCCUCUAAAGAUGAACAAGAAAGAGCAAGUGCAGUGAAAAAAGCAAAAGAAGCUAUUGCUGUGAUGGAAGAGCAAGGUCUAGGGGACAAGAAGUUCUUUGGAGGCAACAAUAUUGGAUUGGUGGACUUGGCAUAUGGAUGCCUUAGUCAUUGGUUAGAAGGAUUGGAGCAGAUUGUGGGGCUGAAACUGAUUGAGCCAAACGAAUUUCCCAGGUUGCAUGCAUGGAUUCAAAAUUUUAAACAAGUUCCUGUGAUUAAAGAAAACCUUCCUGAUUAUGAGAAACUUCUGCUCCAUCUUGAAAGGCGCAGGCAAGAAUAUAUUACUUAGUAUCACAAUAAGUAAGUCAUAGUAUUGCUUUUGAUACAGUUUCAGUUCAUCUAAACUUUUAGAGAAGUUUUCAUAAAAUAAAAUCAGUACUGAAUUAAGUUUCAUUGUAUGGUUUUGCAAGUAUUAUAAAGACAAUUUUAUUGUAGAUUUUGCAAGUGCUAUGAAGUCAGUUCUAUCAAACUAGAUAAGUGGCUGGUAGUGAAGAAACAUGGGUCACUAGGCUAAGCUAUGAUAUUGAUUAGUGUUAGUUUAAAUGUUCAAGUUACAUCUCACUAUCAGAGUACUUUUUAAUACAUAUUUUAUUAUUGAC